ACAUCCGGGGCACGCCGCUGUUGCGUGGAGACUGCGCCAUGGAGGCGGCGGACAGGAAGAGGCAGCGGGAGGAGGCGGAGGACACGUCCGACUUGUCCGGGGAGGAGGAUGACGACUACGUGCCCGUCAAGCAGCGGAAGCAGCAGAUGCUGCAGAAGCUGCUGCAGAUGCGGCGGAAGGUGGUGUCGGAGGAGGAGCAGCGGGACAGCGGGAGCGAGCAGCGGGGUGACGAGGAUGACAUCCCCCUGGGGCCGCAGUCCAACAUCAGCCUCCUGGACCAGCACCAGCACCUCAAGGAGAAGGCAGAAGCUCGGAAGGAGUCAGCCAAGGAAAAGCAGCUGAAGGAGGAAGAGAAGAUCCUGGAAAGCGUGGCAGAGGGCCGAGCUUUGAUGUCAGUGAAGGAGAUGGCCAAGGGCAUCACCUAUGACGAUCCAAUUAAAACCAGCUGGAGAGCCCCUCGUUACAUCCUGGCCAUGUCAGAGGCCCGGCACGACCGCGUGCGCAAGAAGUACCACAUCCUGGUGGAGGGGGAAGGGAUCCCGCCCCCCCUCAAGAGCUUCAAGGAGAUGAAGUUCCCAGCAGCUAUACUGAGGGGCCUGAAGAAAAAGGGAAUUCAGCAGCCAACACCCAUACAGAUCCAAGGCAUCCCCACCAUCCUCUCAGGAAGGGAUAUGAUUGGCAUUGCCUUCACUGGCUCUGGGAAGACCUUGGUGUUCACCCUCCCAGUGAUCAUGUUCUGCCUGGAGCAGGAGAAGAGGCUGCCCUUCUCCAAGCGAGAGGGACCCUACGGCCUCAUCAUCUGUCCCUCGCGGGAGCUGGCCCGGCAGACCCACGGCAUCAUCGAGUACUACUGUCGCCUGCUGCAGGAGGACGGGCUGCCCCCGCUGCGCUGCGCCCUCUGCAUCGGGGGCAUGUCUGUCAAGGAGCAGAUGGAGACGAUCAAACAUGGUGUACACAUGAUGGUGGCAACCCCUGGGCGCCUGAUGGACCUGCUGCAGAAGAAGAUGGUGAGCCUGGACAUCUGUCGUUACUUGGCCUUGGACGAGGCUGACAGGAUGAUUGAUAUGGGCUUUGAGGGGGACAUCCGUACCAUCUUCUCCUACUUCAAGGGCCAGCGGCAAACCCUCCUCUUCAGUGCCACAAUGCCCAAGAAGAUCCAGAACUUUGCCAAGAGUGCCCUGGUGAAGCCUAUCACCAUUAAUGUGGGCCGAGCGGGUGCUGCCAGCCUGGAUGUUGUGCAGGAGGUGGAGUAUGUGAAAGAAGAGGCCAAGAUGGUGUACCUCCUCGAGUGCCUGCAGAAGACUCCACCACCGGUGCUGAUCUUUGCAGAGAAGAAGGCGGAUGUUGAUGCAAUCCAUGAGUACCUGCUGCUCAAGGGUGUGGAAGCUGUGGCCAUCCAUGGAGGAAAAGAUCAAGAGGAACGGACAAAAGCCAUUGAAGCCUUCCGGGAUGGGAAGAAGGAUGUCCUGGUUGCCACUGACGUCGCUUCCAAGGGCUUGGAUUUCCCAGCCAUCCAGCACGUCAUCAACUACGACAUGCCGGAGGAGAUAGAGAACUAUGUUCACCGCAUCGGGCGUACAGGCCGUUCAGGCAAUACAGGCAUUGCCACCACCUUCAUCAACAAGGCCUGUGACGAGUCGGUGCUGAUGGACCUGAAGGCCCUGCUGCUGGAGGCGAAGCAGAAGGUGCCUCCUGUGCUCCAGGUGCUGCACUGCGGGGAUGAGACCAUGCUGGACAUCAGAGGCGAGCGGGGCUGUGCCUUCUGUGGUGGCCUGGGCCAUCGCAUCACCGGCUGCCCCAAGCUGGAGGCGAUGCAGACCAAGCAAGUCAGCAACAUCGGCCGCAAGGACUACCUGGCUCACAGCUCUAUGGACUUCUAGCCUGGGGAGCCCUCUGCCCCACUGCGUGGGCCUUGCCUUCCACUCAGCCUUGGUGCCCCAGCUGUCCCUUUGCCUUUCCCAAGCCCAGGGGCCUGUCCUGCUCUGCCAUGGCCCCUUUUCCAGGUAGUUGGCCUGGCAAAGCUCCUGCCCCUGGAGGAGCUGUGGAGCUGUGCUGCAACAGCCCAUGGCAUCAUGGUUGGGUUAAGUCAGCCUUACCUCAGCAAUGUUGGGCAAGCAGGUAGCGGUGCCUGAGGGGAGGAAGAAGCCCCAGGAUGGGUAACUGGUCUGUGGCUGCCUGCCUGCUGCCCCUGCAAGCCCCUGCAGUGCCAUGGCCAGGGUCUUACCUUGCUCUUCCCCAGAGCCCCUCGAUUUCUCCAGGAGCAUCCCCGUUUUAGGGGCAUUUUCAGCUUGUGGCUUUUCCGUGCCCCUCAAACAUGCUCUGAUGCAGCCGGGGUAAGGCAGAGCUUGCCCUGAUCCUGCUGGGUGGUCCCUGUGCUGUUUCCUGUGCUCUGCCUGCAUGCGUUCUGCGCUACUGCCCUUCUGCGAAGGGAAGGGCUGACAGACAGACACCUCCUGUGGCCCAGCCUCUGCCCCUCAUCCCACACACCAAAAAGGGGAAGUUGCUGAGAGAAGGAAGUCUGCCCCAUGCAGUAGUUUCAGCUGCAGCAGUCACAUUUUCUCCACUGCUGGCAGCCCAAGUCGCCAGUCCUUGCGCAGGGUGCCAGGGCGGUGCUGGCCCCAUGGAGAGACCGGUGAAGGAUGGGAUCCUCUAUGUGCAGCACUGCAAAUUUGGAAAGGUAAAAGUUGGGUUGGGGGCUGGGUACAGGGUUUGCCCUGCUUUGUCUUGAUGCCAGGCCUGGAGCUGGGCCCUCAGUAGCCUGGGAAGGGAGACUGGAG